AUGGCACCAAAAGCUGGAAUAUCUGCUGCAGAGAAGCAACGCCGUAUCUUAGCCUAUCUUCGAGCAACACGAACAUGCCACACCCUCAAAGACUUAGAAAAAACGCUUCCGCCUGUCGCAUCGAUCAACGGUAUGCAAGUAAAGGACCACAUCCAAGCAUUGACCGAUGAAGGCCAACUCCACGUCGAGAAGAUUGGGAGUGGGAACUGGUAUUGGGCUUGGGGUGGCGAAGAGAAGAAAGCCCGUGAGCAAGUGAUAGACGGCUUAGCUAAAGAAGCAGAAAAAAUACAGAAAUCUACGGGAGAAUUGGAAGCCAAGAUCAGCAUUAUUCAAGAAGAGCAGCGCCUUGAAGAGGAAAGAAACCAGAACGGGUCUAGAGAGGAAAACGAAAGGGAAAGGAUGGCGUUGGCCAUGAAGAAAGACCAGCUGGAAAUGGAAAUUGCUCGUCUAGAAGCUGAGAUCAAGAAGCGUGUUCAGGGCGAUGGGGCUGGUUCUAUUGCGCAAAAGGAGGCUGAUAUUACAAGAUGGAAACAGGAAGCCCAGAUGUGGACUGAUAACAUCUACAUCUUGGAGGAAUACCUGAAGAAGCUGACGACCGGUGACCGGGAAGUUCUAGAUGCUGUGAGGAGGGAAUGCUAUGGUCUAGCACACGUGAUGCACAUGUACUUUGCGCACUUCGCGGCAGCUCGAGCUCGAUAUUCAACCGCAACCAAUGAACCUCUCUCCUCCUUGGCAGUCAACAUGAUUCCGAAGCAAUUGCGGUUCGACCCAAUGGUCGGAUCCCGCGUCAUCUCUGCGUGCUCCUGCGCGCGGUCCCAGGUACUAAGAAGCUAUCCUCUAGCUCGGUCUCAUCUACGGUUGAGCUCCAGAAAGGCAUCUACCACGAGUGAAUCUGCAGCGAACGCGGCGAUAAACGCAACAAAGCCGAAGCGAAGAUCUGGAGGGGUAGUUUGGACUACCUUCCUCGCACUUGGGUUAGGUGUUGGGUAUAUUUACGUCACUGAUACAAGGGCAGGAGUACAUCAAUGGCUAGUGCCGCCAAUGCUGCGAUGGCUGUAUCCGGACGCGGAAGACGCUCACCAUUUUGGAGUUGACCUGCUUAAAACGUUAUACCGAUAUGGGCUACACCCGCGCGAAAGAGGGAAUCCCGAUGGUGAUGGUAAAUUGGUUACCAAGGUCUUUGGCUAUACACUAUGCAACCCAAUUGGUAUCUCUGGUGGGCUUGAUAAAGACGCGGAGAUUCCAUCCCAGCUAUUCGAGCUUGGACCAGCAAUUGUUGAGGUGGGAGGAACCACUCCUCUCCCGCAGGCCGGCAAUCCGAGACCGCGAGUGUUCCGUAUACCUUCCCAGAACGCGUUGAUCAAUCGGUACGGGCUCAAUUCGAAAGGAGCAGAUAAUAUGGCACUACUUCUCAAACAGCGAGUUCGUGAUUUUGCUUACUCUGCGGGGUAUGGCUUGGGCGAUGCUGCUGAACAACGGGUCCUUGACGGGGAGGCUGGUGUCCCUCCGGGCAGUUUAACGGAUGGCAAGCUUCUUGCAGUGCAAGUUGCAAAGAACAAAACGACCCCUGAUGGUGACAUCGAGGCUAUCAAGGGAGACUAUGUCUACUGUGUGGACAGAUUGGCGAAAUAUGCUGAUAUACUGGUCGUGAAUGUCUCCAGCCCCAACACCCCAGGGUUGAGAGAUCUGCAGCGUGUCGAACCACUAACGAAGAUAUUGACUGGUGUCGUCCAAGCAGCAAAGCGGGCUGACCGCCAGGUUAAGCCAUUUGUAAUGGUGAAGGUCAGCCCAGAUGAGAAUUCAGAUGAGCAGAUAAGCGGUAUCUGUGACGCUGUGACCAACGCCGGGGUUGAUGGGGUUAUUGUUGGAAACACUACCAACCGAAGACCUGAAGCAUUGCCGAAAGGUUAUGUUAUGUCUAACAAGGAGCAAAACACACUCCAUGAAACAGGUGGGUUCUCCGGGCCGCAACUAAUCGACGGGACGGUGGCAUUGGUUGCAAAAUACCGGGCUCAGCUUGAUCAACGCGGCACCCCCAAAGCUCCCGCCGUGGAUGAAGAGAGUGUGCCGCUUGUCGACACCGCAAUUGGCUCUACCCAACCUCGAAAAGUCAUCUUUGCUUCAGGGGGUAUUACGAACGGAGCCCAAGCCCAGGCAGCGAUCAACGCUGGCGCUGAUGUUGCUAUGCUCUACACCGGCCUGGUAUAUGGUGGCAGUGGGACGAUUACAAGGAUGAAGGAAGAGAUGAGGGCGGCUAAAAAAUCUAUUUAA